AUGACUGAGGAUAACCACUCCUUGACAACACAGUUUAUCCUGAUAGGAUUUACAAAUCAUCCAGAGCUGAAGACCCUUCUGUUUCAGGUGUUCUUUACCAUCUAUCUGAUCACCAUGGUGGGGAAUCUUGGCCUGGUGGCAUUGAUAGUUACAGAGCAUCGUCUUCACACACCAAUGUACAUCUUCUUGGGUAACCUUGCACUGAUGGAUUCCUUUUGUUCCAGCGCCAUUACCCCGAAGAUACUAGAGAACCUUUUUUCUAAAGACAGAAUGAUUUCCCUCUAUGAAUGCAUGGCACAAUUUUAUUGUCUCUGCCUUGCUGAAACUACAGAUUGCUUUCUCCUAGCAGCAAUGGCCUAUGAUCGCUAUGUGGCCAUCUGCAAACCACUGCAGUACCACACUAUGAUGUCAAAGAAACUCUACAUUCAGAUGACCACAGGGGCCUACAUAGCUGGAAACAUUCAUCCCACAAUUCAUGUAGGGUUUCUGUUUAGGUUAACUUUCUGUAAGUCUCAUCAAAUCAAUCACUUUUUGUGUGAUGUCCUUCCAUUAUACAGACACUCUUGUGUGGAUCCUUAUAUCAAUGAAUUGAUGAUAUUUAUCUUUGCAGGGUCAGUUUUAGUCUUCACUAUUGCCACAGUAAUAAUCUCUUACCUUUUUAUUCUUUUCACAAUUUUCAAGAUGAAGUCCAAAGAGGGAAAAGGCAAAGCCUUAUCUACCUGUGCAUCCCACUUUGUCUCUGUCUCAAUAUUCUAUGGUUCCCUUCUUUUCAUGUAUGUUCGACCAAAUUCAGUUAAUGACGAAGAUAAAGAUAUACCUGUUGCUAUUUUUUAUACUCUGGUGAUUCCCUUGUUAAACCCAUUUAUUUAUAGCCUAAGAAAUAAGGAAGUCAUAAAUGCUAUGAAAAAAAUUAUGAAGAAUUUAUAA